AUGACGCAGCGUCGUGGUCUCCCGAGCUCGCUCUUGUGCCUUCUACUGCUCCUCUUCUUGACGGUCCUUGUCUUUCCAACCAAUGCAAAAAGCUACAAACGCGUCUCUAGCAACGCGUCUGAGAAUAUCCGAUCGAUCGAUCCAUUCGGCGCUUCCCAAUCGACGUUCGAGAGCAACAACUCGGUCUGUUUGUCCGACACCAGCGAAUGUAUGCACUUUACACCGCCCUUUACGGCCGUGUUGGCGCCUUUACUUGAUCCAAGUAAACCGCACAUUGUCUUUGUGUCGAUAGGUAUUGAAGGACAUGCUCAGCCGCUGCUCCGGAUGGCCAGUGAGAUGCAAGAACGAGGAUAUCGCGUCUCUUUUGCAACUCAUGACGCUGGCCGACAGUGGGCGUAUGCCUAUGGGAUUCCCUUUAUGUCGGCAGGACCGUUUCCGUUAUCCGCUGAGGAUCUUCGAGACAAACUUCGUGUCAUGACGCGGGACCCCUCGAACUUUCGAGGGAUCUUGACCAUGUUUAACGACAUCUACGUGCGUGCUGCGAAGCCAAUGUUUGACGCUCUGCUGCCUCAGUUUGAAGUCAAUGGAAGCAACAUGAAUGCACCGGACUUGCUCGUGGUGGAUAUGGCAACUGUCGGGGUGCAAGCUCUGGCCGAUAAGCUGGAUGUGCCGUACAUUAUCAACUCGCCGUCACUGCUCUUUGACCUUGGAGAAGCCCCGAGUUACGUACCUGCGUGGGGAACUGGCUUUAGUGUGAACAUGUCACUGUGGAAUCGAUGCAUGAACAUUUUGUUUCCAAGACUAUUGUCCGUCGCGUUGACACCGCCGUUCAUGGAGUUAAACAAAGUACGCUACGAGCUGGACUUGCCACCAUUUCAAUCUCAGCACGACUUGUUUAAAGACGCGCGCGUAAUCCUCAAUACUGCAUUCGGGCUUGAACACCCGCAGCCUUUGUCGCCACUCGUGGAUGCUGUAGGACCCGUUAUGCCGGUACCAGGGGGAUAUGCUGACAGGCUGGAACGUCAAAGGCUGCCUCCAAUGCUGUUGAGCUGGCUUGACGCGGCGAGUGAGUCUGGCUCGUCGAUGCGAUUGCGGCAGCGAAAAGCCCAAACUCAUCCUCCAACAAAGUCUUCGGACGAGAACGAGGUUCAAGCUGGAUCUAGUGGUGUCGUGUAUAUAAAUCUUGGUACUUUGGCUUGUAUUGACGCAUGGCAAGCCCGAGCUCUUGUAGACGGAUUACUCACUGGGCCCGAUGACGUGUACAUGAACGUACUUUGGGUUCUUCCCACCGACCAGCAUGACAUUUUGCCGUCUGUGUUACCGACGUCGUGGGUUGUUAAAUCUCCCAGUUUGUUCCUAUCAAACCUGGAAAUUCUGGAUCACCCGGCUGUCCGUUUAGUCAUUUCGCACUGCGGCAUGGUAUCAGCUCAAGAAGUGCUAGUGAUGAAGAAGCCACUGCUAUGCAUUCCGUUCCUUGUGGACCAGCCGGAUGUUGCCGCACGUGUUGUCGAUGCCGGGGCAGGGUUGUCACUGGACAAGAACCUCCUUUCGGGUCCGUACGUUCAUGCUGCAGUCACAGAACUCCUGACAAACGUCUCGUAUACUCGUGCUGCACAAAGGGUCGGUUCAUUGCUGGAACGAGCUGGCGGUACCUCUCGUGCAAUCGAUAUGAUUGAUGCUGCGCUACGUCUAGGGGUUGAUCAUCUUGCAACCCUGAACUUGACUGCGCCAUGGCACAAAACUGCAAUGCUGGACGUCUGGGCAGUUUACGCCGCGCUGAUCUGUUUGCUAGCAGUGUUUGUGCGAGUCCAGUGGCUACUAGUGCACACUUUGGUGUCAGAGAGUUUUGGGCUCUUGCGCAACGCGGUGUUUGGAUCACCACGACUACUACCGUCAACAACUGUGGAAGAGCACGACGAAAAGUACGGAGAUGACGACGAAAUGGAGGCGUUUAGUGGUAGCAGUGACACGUCGCAGCACGAAAGUUGA